UAUGCUAUAUAUUUCGAUUAUACAACAAUUUUUUCAUUAUAAAAAUGAUUUAUUUUUCCUGAUUUUUUUUCUAUUUUUUCGUACUCUGUUUAAUUUUCCAAACAAUCACUAAAAAUUUUCUCCAACUAAUUUUUUUCUAAAAUCCUUUAAUAAAAAGUAAAAAGACUUUCCUUUUUUUAAAAAUUCUAUACAUUUUUUUACACCUCUAAAUUAAAUAAAAAAACUUCCCCAUAAAAUUCAUCUAAAAUUCCCCCAUUUUAUUUUUAAAAAACUUCCUCGACAAAAUUCUUCAAAUAAAGUACACUUUUAAUAAACUUUACAUUUUCAAAAUCAAAAAACCCACUUUUUUCUAAAUAAAAACCAGGCAAAACCACAUAUAAUCCCAAUAAAGCGACAUUAAGUAUUUUCUAUAUUCCUUAUUUUUAACAAAACCCUGACUUAAUAUUAUAAAUAAUCUACAGAAUUUCAACAAAAGAUUUAACCCAAACUUCCUCAAACUCCUAAUUAACUACCAACCUAUAUAAAAAGCAGCAUUUUCUAAUCAAACAAUCAAAAUCUAUUUAUGAAUCUUCAAAUUAUUAUUUCUUCCCUUCCUAUAAUUUAUCAUCCAAUCCCACACAAAAGAAGCUUUCCCUAAAAAACUACCCAAACCCAUCAAAAAGUACAAAGCAUUAUUUAACAAAAUACUAAGGUAAUAAAAGCCUACUUUUCUCUUCCAAGUCAAAAAUAUUCUAGAAAGAAUUUGCAAUAAGGAUUAUCCUUUAAACAUGCGCCGGAUUUUUCCACGAAGGCUCUUAAACGAAAAAAAUAUCAUUAAUUUAUAGAAUAUUACAUAUAUUUCCCUAAAUCAACUCUUAAUUUCUUAUUCCGAUAUUUUUGCUCAUUUCGUUAAUAAAUUCUUUAUCAUUUUAUAUAUUGAGUAAACUCACGUCUAAAAUUUAAU